AACUUUUAUUUCACGCUACCUCUACAAUUUAUUGUUUGCAAUGCUUGGAACCAUUCUUUUUAUACUUUUUGUUAUAUGGGUUAUAUUUCGGAUUACUGAUACAAGAAAUCAUAGCAAAGCUUGUCUGGUGGGGAAAACUGCUGUAGUUACCGGAGGAAACAAAGGAAUUGGGUUUCAAACAUCAAUAGGUUUGGCGGCUCGUGGCUGUAAGGUUAUAAUAGCUUGUAGAACAAAUGCAGAAAAUGAGAAAAACGAAAUUAUAAAACUAACAGAUAAUCCCAACAUAAUUAUAAAACAUUUGGAUUUAGCCUCGUUUAAAUCUGUGAGAGCGUUAGCAAAAGAUUUAAAUAAAACUGAAGAAAAAAUUGACAUAUUAAUCAAUAAUGCAGGUCUAGCUAAAGUAGUCGAUAAUUUAACUGAGGAUGGGUUUCAGUAUAUUUACCAAGUCAACUUUUUAGGACCAUUUUUGCUUACACAUCUUUUAUUAGAUAGUUUAAAGAAGGCCAAAAAAGCCCGUAUACUAUUCCUAUCGUCAAACUUGGUUUGGUUACAAUCUCUAACUGUAAAUACGAUGAGUGAAAAAUGUGAAAAAGUAUCAUUUAUGUAUCUUCAGAAUGCUUAUGGCAAUACCAAGGCAGCCUUAGCAAUUGUGGCAAGAGUUAUGGCUGAGAAACUGAAAUCGCAUAGUAUAAAGUGCAAUGCUCUUCACCCUGGUUACUGUUAUACAGAAAUUUUUGAGGCUACCAGCAAUGUUGUGCCUACAUUUGUAGUGAAGGCAUUUUAUUUGUUCAGCAAAAUUUAUGCAAAGACUGCCGAGGCUGGUGCUCAGUUAACUUUAAAAUUAGCGAUGUCGAAAUCGUAUGAAAAUUUAAGUGGUGCUCUUCUGUGGGACUUGCAUACCUUACCCAGUCCUGGAAUCGUAAGAGAUAAGAGAUUUGGAAACGAAUUUUGGAGCGAAACCGAAAAACUUGUGGGACUAAAAGAUAGUGAAAAAAUUAAAUAAAAUGUUUAUAAUAUAAAUAAAACAUGGUUUAUUAAAUAUAUUAUUAUAUUCACACAACGACUUAAAAAAACGUAAUUUGGGAAAUAAAAAGCAUUUUAUCUGAACCAAUUAUUUAAACAAUUUUUUUAGAGAAAAGAUUACAAAAAAUGUAAAUUUUUCUAAGAUUAAAC